AUACUAUGGUAAGCUGAUCGGCCAGAUCGAGACAUUUCAGCACGGUUUCAGCGGCACCAUGUACGCCGCCGGCGAUAAAAGCAUCGUCAUCACAAACCUCAAGUACGACGGCCGAGGUCCCGCGGCGUUCUUCUGGGCGUCAACCACAGCGGCCGAGCUUAAAGAAGACGGUGACCAGCUGCCGGACGAAGGAGGAAGCACCCAGCCCGUCAAGGCUUACAAGAAUGCCAUAGUGCACCUCAAGUUGCCCAGGAAGAUCACCGAAUACAAGGCUAUCGGCAUGUACUGCAAACUCGCUUACGCCGACUUCGGCCACGUUAAGGUGCCGUCCAACUUCGAGCUGCCCAAGGAGCAAAGCCUGGGUAUGCUCACCGCCAAGCAGCACAAUACCAUGGCCACCGAGGUUAUCCUCACGGACAGUGCCACAAUGCUGCUCAGGGGGUUUGAGUACAGCGCCAGCUGCCCUGGAUCUGCGUUCUUCGUGGCAGGGCCCAGUGUCAACCCCAAGCCAGAACAACUUACUCAUCUCCUCCACGACAACGGACAGGAUGCCAAGCUGGAGCGCUACGACAAGAAAGACGUGACGGUGAAGCUGCCCGGUGGUCACCACUGGAAUGAGUUCAAGUGGUUCUCGGUGUACUGUAGCGACGCCAGGGAGAGCUACGCGGACAUCGCCAUCAAGCAGGCGGUGGCCGAGAAGCUGCCCCUGCACGAUCCCACUGCUGCCGUGCCACCCCCACAGCACACCCCAUCUUCGGAUAACGCAGCUGCCUUCCUUGGGCCAUUCUCGGCGGUGUCCACUUUCGCUCUGAGCGUGGCCGUAAUAGUGGGCGCUGUUGCUGUCCGGCAAUUCUUUGAGACCGAUAAUCGCGUCAAGACUUGCUGAGGACGGCUGUUAUUUAUUGAAAGGUACCAAGGCGUCACGUGUGGAGUGCCAGCGCACCCAAUACGUCAAGUUUGACCGCAAAGGGCCGGACCCAUACUGUUGACGCCUACCUUGCGGCAAGCUCUGCACUUCCACAGUACUGUAAAUAAACACUGCUUUCAGCAAAUAUAUAUAU